AUCACUAUACAUAAAAACAAAAAGCUUAAUUGAAACAUAUGAGUGAUAUUUUAACUUAUGUUUCUAUUGUUUGGCUACAAUAACAAUAAUAAUAACUUUAAGGUAUUUUAAAACUUUUGCACAACUAUUUAUUAGUUUUAUAUUAAUAAAGAAGAUAAUUUCAUGCAAUGUCAGCUAUGGAGAAUCAUUUAUUUAAUUUAAAAUUUGCUGUUAAAGAGUUAGAAAGGAAUUCAAAAAAAUGUGAGAAAGAAGAAAAAGCAGAGAAAUUAAAAACCAAAAAAGCUAUUCAAAAGGGAAACAUGGAGGUUGCACGAAUACAUGCUGAAAAUGCUAUCAGGCAAAAAAAUCAAUCUCUUAAUUAUUUGCGAAUGAGUGCUAGAGUUGAUGCAGUUGCUUCAAGAGUUCAAGGAGCUCUUACUACAAGAAAGGUAACUCAAAGUAUGGGUGGUGUUGUAAAAGCAAUGGAUGCAGCUAUGAAAUCAAUGAAUCUUGAAAAAAUUUCUUCUUUGAUGGAUAAGUUUGAAAAUCAAUUUGAAGAUUUGGAUGUACAAAGUUCUUACAUGGAUAAUACCAUGUCUCAAAGUACUACAACUGCUGUACCUCAGGGUGAUGUUGAAAACUUAUUACAACAAGUUGCUGAUGAAGCUGGUUUGGAAUUGAAAAUGGAGUUACCAUCUAACCCUCAAAGUAUCAGCUCAUUAUCUACUACUACUACUGAACAAGAUGAACUGACUCAACGUUUGGCACGUCUUAGACAAGCAGAGUAGUACUGAGAACUGUAUUAGUUUAUUUUCAGCUUAUGUAUUGUAAUUAUUUAAAUAAUUUGUUUAAGGUAAUAAACUAAAUUAGAUCUAUUAAUCUAAUUCAGUAAUAAAUAUUAUUAAAUAAUAUAUAUAUUAAAUGAUUAUUCAAUGUUAUAGAUUUAAAAAACAAAUCUACAGAAUUAUUUUAUUCAUUAUGUAUGCAAUAUAAUGAUAUUAUAUUUAAUUAUUA